CACUACCAGCGACUACAGCCAGCGGCAGGUGAAAUGUUCCGGACGGCACUUGCAACACCAGCUUCUCUGUGCUCUGUCUGCACUCCCUCGUCGCGAUCAAUCCGCCUAACACGGCAUACAGUUCAUCUCUGUUAUCGUAGGGUCAGGCACAUUUCGUCCGACCCUCAUCCGCGCCCAUCUACGAAUGAUGGCCAGUCCGAUCCACAGCCGCAUACCCAUCCGAUAGAUGUCCAACAAAGCACUACGCGCCAGUAUGAAACCACUACCAGCGGUGGACCCGCCGUCGACCAUUUGCAGGACAUAAAGGAACGUUUGCGUGGAUGGUCAGAAAACGCGGCUACUUUGCUACGCCAGCACAUAGAUGAAUAUACUGCCGCUGUUGCUGUCACCUUCUCUCAACUGGGAAGAGAACUCAAUAAGGUCACUGGAUACGGAGAGAUCGAAGCGUUGAAGAGGAAGGUGGUCGAGCAAGAGGCACGCAUCGAGGAUGUGAGGAGGGCAGCACGAGAAGCGAAGGAGGCCUAUGACAAAGCGGUGCUGCAGCGGGCAGUCUCUCAGCGCGAGGUCAACGACCUCUUGCAGCGCAAGUCGAGCUGGACAGACGAGGACGUGAUUCGCUUCACCGACCUUGUACGCAAGGAGCACCUUCGCGAGCAAGAGGAAACUUAUGCAAAAAAUGCUGCUAUCGAUGCCGAGAGCGCGGUCGAGAGCGAGUUCAGUGAACUCCUCCGAGUCAUCCUUAAUCGCUAUCACGAAGAACAAGCGUGGUCUGACAAAAUCCGGAGCGCAUCGACAUACGGUUCCCUCGCUGUGGUGGGGGUGAAUACGAUCGUCUUCCUUCUGGCAAUCAUACUGGUUGAGCCGUGGAAGCGGAGGAGGUUGGCGCAGACGUUUGAGCGGAAAGUUGAGCAGAUGUCUACGGAGAACUCGGAAGCGCUUGACAAGGCAGCGACAGAGUUGACGGAUCGUCUAGAUGGACAGGCUCAACUGCUGUCACAACUCGUGGAGGCCGUCCACUACUCGAUCAGGGUCCCGGACAGCAAACGGGAAAUACUGGAACAAACGCAGGCCGUUACUUCUACUGUACCCGAACAUGUGUUACCAGUGCUCAAGUCAAAUAGAGAACUUGUACUGGCUCUCGCGACUAGUGCAACGAUAGCGGGUAUUGUAGGAUGGCUAGCCCGGAGUUGGUGGGAAUAAGUGGUGAUCUACAAUAGGACUCUCUCGUAAAUUGGAUACAUUCCCUGGCCAGGGCAUUAGGCGGAGUCCGCUACUAGGAUGACAUUGAAGCGACCUAUUCAACUGCGUAGAUGAAAUUCAUCCAUGGCGCGAUGACUCUCAAAGCGCAUUGCUUGAUUAAUAUGCAUUCAAGCUCCGGUAUAUGCGACAAUGAACUCUAGUUUUCCGAAAUUCGCCUUGUGACUCGUUCAUGGGGCACUGUGUCCAUGUCUCGACGUUCCAUUU